AUGCAAAAUAAAUCACAGCAAGUUCCCAAAGAUUCGUCAGCGGUGGGCAAUGUGGGUGAGGUGAAGCCAUACCUAGAGGAAUUGGAAACCCAAAAUGACGAGGUAGGCCAUCUCAUGGGAGAGGCUUCAACGCCAGAAGAGGAAAGCAGAGUGUACAUGGACAAGCUGGCUCUGAGUCAAGCAACUCUGUUCAACCUUCGAGGGGAUCUCAACCUUCAAGGAUCCGACUAUUCCUGGGCCUCGGCCGCAUUCUACUUUGGAUACCUUACAUGGAGCUGGCCCAGUAGUUAUCUCAUGGUUCGCCUUCGUCUUGGUAAAUACAUCACUGCCAGUGUCCUUGUCUGGGGAGGGGUCCUGAUGUGCCACGCGGCAUCAAAGAACUUUGGGGGGUUGAUGACGGUGAGAUUUUUCCUGGGCGUUGGUGAGGCUGCUAUCGCCCCGGGCUUUGCUCUUAUAACUGGCAUGCUAUACAAACGGGAGGAACAGCCAGCAAGACAAGCUGCUUGGUUCCUAGGUAACUUCAUCGCAACCAUCAUCGGUGGCAUUGUCGCCUAUGCCAUUGGCACUGUUGAAAAUACUGUACUCAAUAGCUGGCAGCUUCUCUUCCUCGUUUUUGGAACAAUUACAGCCGGGAUGGUCCUCUGGCUCGUCUUCCUACUUCCCGACUCGCCCAAGAACGUCAUCUUCCUCACCAAAAGAGAGCAGGCGAUAGUCAUACAGCGUACAGUGGCGAACAAGACUGGUAUUAUGGACAAUGGUGCUUUCAAGCCGGGUCAGGCAUGGCAGGCCAUCCGCGACCCCCAGACGUGGUUUUUGGUGUUGUACAACCUCUGCGUUAACCUGUGGAAUGGGGGUGUCACCAGUUUCUCCUCAAUUAUUAUAAACAGCUUUGGCUUCAGCGAGUUGGAUUCCCUCCUUAUGCAGAUGCCGGUGGGUGGUGCACAGGUGGUCUUCUUGCUCAUCACCGCCGCCGUUGCGACCUGGUUUCCUCGAGCUCGUAUUAUCAUGAUGAUAUUCAACGUUUUGAUCUCUAUGAUCGGCAUGCUACUGGUUUGGAAAUUGGACGAAGACAACCAGACCGGUCGCAUGGUCGGGUUAACGCUGGGCGGAAUAUUCGCCGUCAACAUCCCGUUGUCAUUGAGUGUUAUCAGCACCAACGUCGCUGGCUUCACAAAGCGCAGCGUGACGAGCACCCUGCUCUUCGUGGCAUAUUGUGUGGGAAACAUCAUUGGGCCUCAGCUCUUCCUCACUACAGAAGAGCCAACUUACCCUACUGGCAUGAAAGCAUCAAUUUCCGGCCUAGCACUGGGUGCGUUUUUCCUCAUAUGCCUAUUACUUUAUUAUAUCUUCGAAAACCGCCGUCGGGAUUUGAAGUAUGGGCCACCAACUCAGCUGACGGACGAGGAGGAGCGCGCUCACGCCUUGUCAAACAGGACGGACCUGGAGAUCGAGAGCUUCCGGUAUUUGAUUUGA